AUGUUGCCCCAAACCCGGGCACGUGUGCCGGCGGCUCUUCGCAGUCUGUCCCGUUCGACUGUGCCGACUCGCGCUCUCUCAACCACCCUCCCCCGAUUUCAAUAUGAUGAAGGCCUCAACAGGGUCUCUCGGAACAUUACCCAGCCCAAGUCCCAAGGUGCUUCUCAGGCCAUGCUCUACGCCGUGGGCCUCACGGAGGAGGAUAUGAACAAGGCUCAAGUCGGAAUUUCCUCGGUGUGGUUCAAUGGUAACCCUUGUAAUAUGCACCUGUUGGAUCUCAACAAUAAGGUCCGCGAGGGUGUGCAGGAUCAAAAUCUGAUUGGUUUCCAAUUCAACACCGUUGGUGUUAGUGAUGCUAUCAGUAUGGGUACCAAGGGUAUGCGCUACUCCCUACAGAGUCGUGACCUUAUCGCCGAUUCGAUCGAGACCGUGAUGGGGGGUCAGUGGUACGAUGCAAAUAUCAGUAUCCCUGGUUGCGAUAAGAAUAUGCCCGGUGUUAUGAUGGCUAUGGGUCGUAUCAACCGUCCCAGUCUGAUGGUCUACGGUGGAUCCAUCAAGCCUGGCUGUGCUGCGUCCCAGGGUGGUGCUGAUAUUGAUAUUGUCUCCGCUUUCCAGGCCUAUGGACAAUUCAUCGCCAAGGAGAUUACUGAGCCUCAGCGGUUCGACGUUAUCCGUCACGCUUGUCCUGGUGAGGGUGCCUGUGGUGGUAUGUAUACCGCCAACACCAUGGCUACUGCUAUUGAAACUAUGGGUAUGACUCUUCCCGGGUCUUCCUCCAACCCAGCCAACUCGCAGGCUAAGUACCUUGAGUGUCUCGCUGCUGGUGGUGCUAUUAAGAAACUGUUGAAGGAAGACAUUCGCCCACGUGAUAUCAUGACUCGCCAGGCCUUUGAGAAUGCUAUGGUGGUCGUUAACAUUACUGGUGGCUCUACAAACGCUGUUCUUCAUCUGAUUGCUAUUGCCGACUCCGUUGGUGUCAAGCUCACUAUUGACGACUUCCAAUCUGUCUCCGACCGUAUUCCCUUCUUGGCUGACCUGAAGCCCUCUGGCAAGUAUGUCAUGGCGGAUGUUCACGAGAUCGGUGGUACCCCUGGAUUAUUAAAACUUCUACUUAAGGAAGGUCUUAUUGAUGGUUCUGGCAUGACCGUCACAGGUGAGACUCUUGCUAAGAACUUAGAGAGAGUGCCCGACCUGGAUCCUAGCCAGAAGAUUAUCCGUCCCUUCUCCGAACCCAUCAAGAGCACUGGUCACAUUCAGAUUCUGCGUGGCUCCCUCGCGCCGGGUGGUAGUGUUGGCAAGAUUACCGGUAAAGAAGGUACCAACUUCACUGGUAAGGCCCGUGUCUUUGACGAUGAAGAUUCCUUCAUUGCUGCGCUGGAACGCAGCGAGAUCAAGAAGGAUGAGAAGACUGUCGUUGUCAUCCGCUACUGUGGCCCGAAGGGUGGACCUGGCAUGCCUGAAAUGCUCAAGCCUUCCUCCGCCCUGAUGGGUUACGGCCUUGGCUCGUCCUGCGCUCUUAUUACUGAUGGUCGUUUCUCCGGUGGUUCCCACGGCUUCCUAAUUGGACAUAUUGUUCCCGAGGCCGCUGUCGGUGGACCCAUUGGUCUUGUUGAGGAUGGCGAUGUCAUUACUAUUGAUGCUGAUAACCUUCUCCUUGACCUGGAUGUCUCUCAAGAGACUCUGGUCGAGCGUAGAAAGGACUGGGAGGACCGCAAGGCUGCUGGUAAGCUGCCCGAGACCGGUCUUACUAUGCGUGGUACUCUGGGCAAGUAUGCCCGAACUGUGAAGGACGCUAGCCACGGUUGUAUCACUGACUCUGUUGAGUAA